AUGAUGAGACAAAUGCAGAAGGCUGAAUUUUACUCUGCUCUGAAUGUAGGAUGUCUUGAUAAUCAUAAUACAACACUUUUUUUUACAGCUAUUCCUCUUGACUUCGAUAUCAGUUCCCCUCUGACUUACGGCACGCCCAGCUCCAGGGUAGAGGGUACUCCGCGGAGCGGUGUACGAGGAACUCCGGUUAGGCAGAGGCCGGAUCUCGGGUCUGUCCGUAAGGCCAGACAAGUUGAUUUACAUUCGGAUGGGCUGGCUGAGGAUGUAGUAGCAACCGAGCAAUCUCUUGGACAAAAGCUUGUGAUUUGGGGAACAGAUGUUAACGUAGCCUCGUGCAAAGAAAAAUUCCAGAGAUUUCUUCAGCGUUUCAUUGAUCCGCUCGCUAAAGAGGAUGAAGACAUUGGCUUGGAUCUUAACGAGCCACGCUAUAUGCAACGACUUGAAGAGAUUAAUGUGGUUGGGGAACCAUUCCUGAAUGUAAAUUGUGACCACCUGAGGUCAUUUGAUGAAAAUCUUUACAGGCAACUGAUCUGCUAUCCUCAGGAGGUUAUCCCAACAUUUGACAUGGCUGCCAAUGAGAUCUUUUUUGAUCGUUACCCUGACUCAAUAUUGGAACAUCAGAUUCAAGUAAGGCCAUAUAAUGCACUGAAGACUAGGAAUAUGAGAAGCCUCAACCCUGAAGAUAUUGAUCAACUGAUCACUAUCAGUGGUAUGGUCAUCAGAAGCUCCCAGUUAAUUCCUGAGAUGCAAGAAGCGUUCUUUAAAUGCCAGGUUUGCUCUUUCACCACCAGAGUAGAAAUUGAUCGUGGCAGGAUUGCUGAACCAUCAGUAUGCAAGAACUGUAACACAACGCACAGUAUGGCACUGAUUCACAAUCGAUCCAUGUUCUCUGACAAACAGAUGAUCAAACUGCAGGAGUCUCCUGAAGAUAUGCCAGCUGGACAGACCCCUCAUACAGUUGUGCUGUUUGCUCACAAUGACCUUGUUGAUAAAGUUCAGCCAGGUGAUAGAGUUAAUGUCACAGGUAUCUACAGAGCAGUCCCAAUUCGAGUUAAUCCAAGGGUCAGCAAUGUAAAAUCCGUCUAUAAGACCCACAUUGAUGUCAUACACUAUCGCAAGACAGAUGCAAAACGCCUGCAUGGUGUUGAUGAGGAAACGGAGCAAAAAAUAUUUACAGAGGAACGUGUGGAAAUGCUAAAAGAGCUUUCUAAGAAACCAGACAUAUAUGAGAGACUUUCUUCAGCAUUGGCCCCAAGUAUCUAUGAGCAUGAAGAUAUCAAAAAGGGUAUUCUGCUUCAGCUUUUUGGGGGAUCAAGAAAGGAUUUUACUCACACAGGAAGAGGCAAUUUCCGUGCCGAGAUCAACAUUCUUCUCUGCGGUGAUCCUGGUACUAGUAAAUCACAGCUGCUUCAGUAUGUGUAUAACCUUGUUCCUCGAGGCCAGUAUACGUCUGGCAAAGGCUCAAGUGCAGUUGGUCUUACUGCGUAUGUGAUGAAGGAUCCAGAAACACGGCAACUGGUUCUUCAGACAGGUGCUCUAGUACUUAGUGACAAUGGCAUUUGCUGCAUCGAUGAGUUUGAUAAAAUGAAUGAAAGCACAAGAUCAGUACUGCAUGAAGUAAUGGAACAACAGACUCUCUCUAUUGCAAAGGCUGGAAUUAUUUGCCAACUGAAUGCUCGUACGUCUAUCCUAGCAGCAGCUAACCCUAUAGAAUCACAGUGGAAUCCGAGAAAGACUACUAUUGAAAAUAUCCAGCUUCCUCAUACACUGUUGUCAAGAUUUGACUUGAUCUUUUUAAUGUUGGAUCCACGUGAUGAAGCUUAUGACAGACGUCUUGCUCGCCAUUUGGUUUCACUGUACUACCAAAGUGAAGAAAAGAUGGAGGAGGAAUACAUGGACAUGGCAGUACUGAGGGAUUACAUUGCAUAUGCUCGUAGUUAUGUAAAUCCUAGGUUAAGCGAAGAAGCAAGCCAAGCCCUUAUUGAGGCGUAUGUGGACAUGAGGAAGAUUGGUAGUGGCAGGGGAAUGGUUUCUGCGUAUCCUCGACAACUUGAGUCUCUGAUCCGACUGGCAGAAGCGCAUGCUAAAGUACGCUUUUCUGAGAAAGUUGAAACAACUGAUGUAGAAGAAGCAAAACGUCUCCAUCGGGAAGCACUGAAACAGUCUGCUACUGAUCCAAGGACUGGAAUUGUGGACAUAUCCAUUCUCACUACAGGAAUGAGCACAACAGCUCGUAAGCGGAAAGAGGAGUUGGCUCAAGCCUUAAGGAAGCUUAUCCAGUCAAAGGGUAAAACACCAGCUUUGAAAUACCAACAGCUUUUUGAUGAUCUCCGAGCACAGUCUGAUACAGCUGUCACUAAGGAAAUGUUUGAAGAAGCGCUUCGUGCCUUGGCUGAUGAGGACUUCUUGACUGUGACUGGAAAGACCGUUAGACUGCUCUAAGUUAGCCUUUCCUUGCAAGCCAGCUGUCACGGCUUCACUUCGCCUUACUUAAGACAGUGUCAGUCUAAAAGAUCUUCAAGAUUUGGGACUAUCAUUUGCUAUGACAAGCACAGCCUUUCCUUGCAAGCCCAACUGUCGUGGCUUUACCUCGCCUUACCUGCUACAUUGCCAGUCUGC